GAUGCCAGGGCUGCGGGAGAAGCGUGCACUUUAACCAAAAACAGGAGUGAGCCAUCAAAGAGAAGCAAGAACUGACCCAACAAGUUCUCAGCAGGCAGGAAACCGAGAGUAAAGACAAAAGAAGUAGUGAUGGAGCACUCCAAGCAGACACAGUACACCUCAAACGAGAAGAGAGAGAGCGGCUCCGUGCUGAACGGACACUUUGACGGGAUGGUGAAGCGGUCGGCCGGCAGCCCCGCACGCGCCGCUGCCGCCCAGCCUCCGGGCGCGGAGUCCGGCUCCCACCGGCCCGUGAUGGAGAGCUGGAGGGAGGAGCGCACCAGGAGCGUGGAGGACAACGAGAUGAGCCUGCCGUCCCUGGCCGCAGCUUACACCACCAUCCUGCGGGGGCUCGGGGAGGACCCCCAGCGGCAGGGGCUCCUCAAAACCCCCUGGAGGGCAGCCACCGCCAUGCAGUUCUUCACCAAGGGCUACCAGGAGAAAAUUAUCGACGUGCUGAACGACGCCAUCUUCGACGAAGACCACGACGAGAUGGUGAUCGUCAAGGACAUCGACAUGUUCUCCAUGUGUGAACAUCACCUGGUGCCCAUCUUCGGCCGGGUCCACAUCGGUUACCUGCCCAACAAGAGAGUCCUGGGCCUCAGCAAGUUGGCCAGGAUUGUUGAAAUCUACAGCCGUCGACUACAAGUUCAGGAGAGGUUGACCAAACAGAUCGCCGUGGCGAUCACCGAGGCCCUGCAGCCGACCGGCGUCGGCGUGGUCAUCGAGGCAACCCACAUGUGUAUGGUGAUGCGAGGCGUUCAGAAGAUGAACAGUAAAACCGUCACCAGCACCAUGUUGGGAGUUUUCAGGGAAGAUCCCAAAACCCGCGACGAGUUUCUGACGCUGAUCAGAAGCUGAGGAGGACAAAGGCCUUUCUCCUCUUCCUCACGUUGCCUGUGGCUACCUCCACCUGCAUGGACCAGCUGCCGUGCUACCUGUGUGUGUGUGUGUGUGUGUGUGUGUGUGUGUGUGUGUGUGUG